AUGCGAGUCCUUGUGGGUGGUGGCACGGGCUUCAUUGGGACAGCCCUCGUCCAGCUGCUGAAAGCCCGGGGCCACGAAGUGACUUUGGUCUCCCGAAAACCUGGGCCAGACCGGAUCACGUGGGAGGAGCUCGCUAGCUCAGGACUGCCCCCUUGUGAUGCUGCUGUCAACCUGGCCGGGCAGAACAUCCUCAACCCUCUCCGAAGGUGGAAUGAAGCCUUCCAAAAAGAGGUUCUUGACAGCCGGCUGGAGACCACCCAAAUGCUAGCAACCACCAUCUCCAAGGCCCCACAGCCCCCCAAGACCUGGAUCUUAGUCACAGGAGUAGCUUAUUACCAGCCCAGCCUGACUGCAGAAUAUGAUGAGGACAGCCCUGGAGGAGAUUUUGACUUCUUCUCCAACCUCGUAACCAAAUGGGAAGCUGCAGGCAAGCUUCCUGGAGAUUCUACACGCCAGGUGGUGGUGCGCUCUGGAGUUGUGCUGGGUCGUGGAGGUGGUGCCAUUAGCCAGAUGCUGCUACCCUUCCGUCUGGGUCUAGGAGGCCCCAUAGGCUCCGGCCACCAAUUCUUCCCCUGGAUUCAUAUCAGUGACCUGGUAGGAAUCUUGGCACAUUCCCUUGAAGCAAGACAUGUACAUGGAGUCCUUAAUGGAGUAGCUCCAGCUCCCACCACCACCAAUGCUCAGUUUGCCAAGGCCUUGGGUGCCGCUCUGGGUCGCCCAGCCUUCAUCCCCCUCCCCAGCGCUGUGGUGCAAGCUGUCUUUGGGAGAGAGCGUGCCAUCAUGCUGCUGGAGGGCCAGAAGGUGGUCCCACGGCGCACACUGGCCACUGGCUAUCAGUACUCCUAUCCAAAGCUAGAAGAUGCCUUAAAGGACGCUGUAGCCUAA